AUGCCUGUAAUAAAGGCUUCCAAAAGCUGGAAACACACCAUUAUUAAUUGGAUAAAGCCAUUGACGUUUCAGGAAAAACUUGAGUUGCACAAAUCUAUUAAUCCUAUGAUGAAAUGGUUAAAUACAAUGGAUCAAAUUAUUUCGUCUCUCGGGUCAAAGUUGAUCCUAGUUGAUAAAACUAACGCACGGUCCAGACUAAUAAGUUUACGCCAUUUCAUGCAAAAAAUCAAAAUUAAACAGCAUGAAAAAGAUUGGAUUGUUAAAACGUCCAAAAAAUGUAUUAAAAAGUUGGAUAAUCUAGAUUCAAUAAUUAUGGUUCAUAAAUGGGCCACUGACAUUCAAAUUAAGUGGAUUAAAAUUUGUGCAGUGGCGAUAUAUCUCGAAAAGAUACUUUUAAAAAUUUUGACGGAUGAUGUGAAAAUGUUGAAUGAAGUUUCAACGGAUCAGUCGAAAACAGCCGCUGUUUCUGUUGAGGUGACUUGAUCAGUUUUUAUAUUUGUCCUUAAUAGGUGCUUUCAAAUCUUUCAAUUUAAAAUUAUUAUCUCAACAAAUUAUUAAAAUUACUUUAUACGUGUUAUUUACAAUUUUCUGUCAAUCACCAAGACUUUGUAGCUGAAUUUACAGUGAUAUGAUUAUUUUUCAUCAUUUGAUGCGUAAUGCUAACAAGU